CCUGUAUGUGUGUGUUAUGUAAUCAAAUCGGUAGCGUCGAAAACACGUAGGAGCUGCGGACAGCGAGAGCGACAUGUCUGAAUCACUGAAUCAAGCGUCACACUUACAGGGUUCAGAAGGCUUUCACACACCUAGCGCUCACGUCUAUAUCUCCUACGACCCUGCGAAUCCGCCAUCCCAUCCAGGUCUAAAUUGGACGCGUUUCGUGUGCAUCAGCGACACUCAUUCUCAUACUUUCAGUGUCCCCUCUGGGGAUGUCUUGCUUCACUCUGGGGAUCUCAGUCGGCUAGGUCGGGAAGACGAGAUUCGUGUUACGAUAGAGUGGUUGCGUAGUCUAGACCAUGGCGUCAAAAUCAUCAUAGCAGGAAACCAUGACCUACCUCUUCACGAGGAGUGGUACGAGGACAGUUACUACGCUUUCCACGACAAGAAGGAGUCAUCAACCGCGAUCAAAAAUCUUGUCGACAGUGAUGCAAAUCGCGAUCGAGGCCUAAUUUAUUUGCAGGACGAACAAUAUACUUUCAGCACCAAGGAAGGUGGAAGGGAGUGGUCUGUGUAUGGCUCUCCGUGGCAACCCUAUUUCGGCGGCUGGGCUUUCAAUUACUUGCCUGAGGAAGCCUAUGAUCGUGUUUCCGCAAUACCUGAGGUCGACAUUCUUCUCACUCAUGGACCUCCGCAUAACAUUCUAGAUAAAACCUUUACCAAUGUCAAUGCUGGAUGCCCUGCACUACUCGCCCACCUUUCCAAGAUGCGGGGGCCUCCGCUUCUCCACGUCUUUGGUCAUAUACACGAAGCACGUGGCGCCGUGCGGCAUUCCUGGUUGCAGGCGGAGGAAGACCAAUGUUUUUCGGAUUCAGAAUGCUCACCCGCUCUGGGAACGAGAGAGACGAUAAUGGUGAACGCAGCUAACCUGCCUCUCGGGCGUCAGGCGAUUAGACCCGGACCUGGUGGCCAAAGGAUCCCAUGCGGUGGUCUGGGCUUUCAACCUGUCAUUGUUGACCUAUUGGAUUCGGCUACGCGGCUAGAAAUGUAAACGACUACGAUAUUCCCCCUGUAAUAUGAUGAUACACAUGUAAGAGAGUUCGUUAUAGACGGCCUAUGCGACAUACAACCUUGAUGACCUAGGAGAUUCGAUGGCAUUUAUGAUACUGGCACAAGUAGUGACAAGGCGAGGGAAAAGGGAAGAGCAUUGCCAAGUGGUAUCAAAUCAGCGGCCAGUAAACGCAGAACACGGAUUACCACCUACCUCGGACGGCACCGACAAUCUGCAAUUGUGGCGGGAAAAUAUCAUGUGGCACUACAAGACCCGCUCUAGCUAUCAGGUAGUGGUGGGCCCACUGAGUCAUCGUUAUGUGAUUUGACAUUGAAUUGCACUGGCGGUCUCACAAUGGACUUAGCAUCGACCUACGUUGGUCGACGUUGGCACUUUUGAAUUUCAUCACAUCUCGAAUGUAGAGUCAAGACCCCCUCCACAUUUGCAUUUGUGGAGAUUGUUGUGAUUGUUAUCACUGAGUAUAUGGUCU